AUGGUGAAAUUGGCAAUAGCAGGUGGUUCGGGGCAGGUUGCUAGAGAGAUCAUUGAUGCUCUACUAGCUACACGUAACCACGAUAUUACGAUCUUGACCAGGAAUGAGACUCAUCCAAAUGAUGACUUGCCAGGUAUCCAACGGCGUGUAGUGGACUACAGCGACCAAAAUUCUCUGGUGGAAGCUCUUCGAGGAUUCCAUACCCUCCUUUCCUUCAUACAACCGCUCUCGGACCCCGAAGGUAGGGUUCAGAAGACAUUGAUCGAUGCGGCGAUCGCUGCAGGUGUCAAGCGCUUCGCGCCAAGUGAAUACGGAAGCGCCGGAACGAUUAACAUGCCGUGGUGGAGUGGGAAGGAGAAAAUCAGAGAGUAUCUGAGAGAAGUCAACACUGAAUCCAAAGUCCUCGAAUACAUUCUCUUCCAGCCAGGGUUAUUCCUGGAUUACCUUGCCUUUCCUUACAAAACAUCCAAGCACAUUGACCCAUUGCGAAGCGUCUUUGACAUCCAAUCCUGCCGAGCACUAAUGGUAGAGGGUCAUGGAGACGCCGUCAUGACCCUUACGUCGGCAAAAGAUGUCGCUGCCCUCGUUGCUCGAGCCGUAGACUAUCAAGGUCAGUGGCCAGAGGUUGGGGGAAUAUCCGGGAACAGAAUGUCGGUUGCUCAGAUCAUCGCGACCGGAGAAGAAAUCCGAGGCCGUCCAUUCACCAUAGAGAAAGUCAAGUCGGAGGACCUGGAGGCUGGUGUUCUUAAGACAUCGUGGUCUCUCGCAAAACGCCAUCAAUCAAUAUCCGAAGAACAAGCCAAUGGCAUGGCAACGACAGUGUCCAUCGGGAUACUCCUCAGCUGCUCUAAAGGCGCGUGGGAUGUGUCAAACGAACUUAACCAGCUAUUUCCGGACCACCAUUUUGAUGACAUGCAGAGCUUUCUUACCAGGGUCUGGGAUGGAAAGCCGGAGGAGUUGGUGUCUUCCCAGGCAUGA